AUGGGAACAAUGAAGCGAAACAAGAUGAUCCACGAUGUCAAAGCAGCAGAGUCAUCGCAAGGCCUUCAAGGAGCUAGCUUGGAGAAGCGCCUGCAGACUUUUGGCAUGCAGAUGGUUGAAAUGGCUGGUGAUGGGAAUUGCCAGUUCAGAACUAUGGCUUUCAACCUCUUUAGGAGCCAGGAACAUCAUGCAGCUGUGCGCCAAUCAGCUGUAGCUCAUAUGAGGAAACAUGCAGACUUCUUUGGUGUUUUCUUUGAGGACGAGGCAGAGUUUGGACACUAUUGCAAAAAUAUGGCACUACAUGGAACUUGGGGAGAUGAACUUACUCUCCGUGCUGUUGUUGAAGCCUAUGGAUGCAUUGCGCACGUGAUAACCUCAGAGCCUACAAACUGGCACUUGGUCUAUGAGCCUGAAAGCUCCGACAUGGACUCUGCGAUAGCAGUUUGCCCACUUGGCAUGGAUCCCCCGAAAGCCAGGAAGCAAAUUUUCUUGGCCUACAUAUCGCCCAUCCACUACAAUGCUAUCAUUGCAAGAAAGCCCCAGUGA